GACACUACUAUCAUCUCUCCCAUUGGAGUCGGACGAAGAAGACGACAUAAAUGGCGAACUGUACGUCUCUGUUAUUUCACUUUCCAAUCAAAUCGUCUCCUUCAAUCCCUCCUCAAUUCGAAUCGCUGAACUUGCCAUACCUAUUGAAGAGGAAUCGCAGAGACCAGUUCUGCCGUGGUCGAGGGUUUGGUCCUCCAUCCUCAAUUCGAAUCAACCCAGUUGUGGCAGCCACUUCAUAUUCUCAAACCGGGCCUUAUGUGGGGAAAACAAACAGCAAACUUUACGAAAGAACAGAUUCCUGCCUCAUAUUUCCUCCCCCAAGAGGUAAGAAGCCGCGAGCAAUAAUCAAAUUCCUCGGUGGUGCCUUCAUCGGAAAAGUUCCUGAAGUUACUUACGGUUAUUUACUUCAGCUUCUGGCAAGAGAAGGCUAUAUCAUUAUAUGCGUACCAUAUAAUGUCACAUUUGAUCAUGCUCAGGCUACUCAAGAAAUUUAUGACAGAUUUAAUGCAUGUAUUGAUAAACUUCGGUCAUCUGGAUUGCCCAGUGCUAAUCUAACAUCUGCUGAACUUGCUAAUCUUCCACUAUAUUCUGUUGGACACAGUAAUGGUGCACUUCUUCAAGUACUCACAGGAAGUUACUUCUGUGACGCCAUACCCAAGGCUAAUGUGAUAAUAUCAUACAACAACAGGCCAGCAACAGAGGCAGUACCAUACUUUGAGCAGCUAGGUCCUCUAGUUAGUCAGAUGAUGCCCAUGAUCGAAGAAUCCCCAAUUUAUUCCAUGGCAAGAAGUGCCUCAGAUAUAUUGAAAGGGUUAUUGGAUAUGACUGGAGAGAUGUUGCCAGAUUAUGACCCAGAUGCCCGGAUUUCUGCUAGGAACUUUGUCGAUCAAUUGCCCUUGGUGUUUAAUCAGGUAACGACGGGUAUAUCUGAGUUCAAACCAACACCUUCAGAAAACCGCAGUUUUUGCAGAGAAUCAUACAAUGUUCAACACACAUUGUUGGUUAAGUUCAAUUUGGACACAAUUGACGAGACAGAUCUUCUUGAAGAAACAUUGAAGCCUCGGGUGGAAUCCAUCAGUGGGACUUUAAAUAAAGUCGUCUUGACUGGUAACCAUGUCACGCCUUGCGUACAGGAACCUCAGUGGCAAGUUGGUAAUAUGUACACACCUGGGGAUGCUAUUCGUCAAGGGGUGGAGAGUGUAUUGUUGAAUGACAUAAGAGUUCUUUCCAAGACUAUCUCUAGUUGGUUUAGCAGUUUUGAUGAUCAAAAUUAAGGCCAAUUACACAUUUGCUUGAAAAUUUUCAAGAAUAUGAUGACUAUUGACUACACUCAGCCCUAAAUCGAGCUGAACAAUAGGUAAGAGCUAGAGCAAAUGACACUUCUAAGGAGGUUAUGUAUAGACAAAAUGAUUGCAACUUGAACAGAAAAGUGACCCACCAUUCUUCAA